AUGGAUGCUGAUGGCGAUGCCCCUCUCGUCUUUGAGGACGACGAGCUGCUCGACUUGAUUACGCCAGUGCACGACGAUGGCCCGAACAUCAAAGAGCUUAGAAAGAAGCAAAAGGCUUUUGCCUCUGGCAGCUUCCAUGUUCAGUCGCAAAACGCUCUUGGCCUCAACCUGGACGCUGCGGUGCUGAAGGAAAUUCACCGUCAGCUGGGGACGCGGACGCUACUCCGUAUUUCAACCUGAUUUUCGUUGAUAGGUUUCUUUCCGCGUUUUGUUCUCGCGCUUUUUUACGCCACAUCAUUGAAUUCAACGUAAAGAUUUUUUAGAGCACGUGUUGACAAUUAGAAUUUCUAUCCGAGAGCCAGAUGCAACCGGAAGCAACAGCUCCUUCCUUUUUUGCCUAACAAUGAGACAUGCUUACAUUUAUACCUUCGAACGAAAACAAUAUCUAAUAUGGCUUUUUGAUAAAUUACGGCGUCCCUCCUUUCUUUGGGAAGAUGAAUGAUGAAAGGCACGACAUCUAUCUUAAGAAUGUUCAAAAUUCAGCUCGGUGCGACGCCGCGUGGUUGAUUCGUGCGGACGAGUAUGGGGUUGGUGACCCUUUGGCACAGGAAUUUGGCGUUCUUUGCGAGUUUGCAGUCGAUCAAAAGCUUGAGGACGAGUUUUUGCAUCAAUGGCUCAACGAGGCGCGCAACGAGAAUGCAAGAUCUUGCUGGAAUACGGCUGACUUGAACAGGAAGGUCGGCUCGCAGUCGCUGGGAAAAGAGGAGCGGCCACACUGGUAUUUACAAUACAAAGGAAAAAAACGCGUUCGCGGCACUGAAAAUCCGAGAAGUUUUCUUGCGAAUGUGUUCAAGAGCAUCAUCGCCGAGGCAGACCGCAUUUUCGACGACAGGUGGGAGAUGCAUGCUGAUAAAUCGUGA